AUGACUACCGUUGAAAAAAAAAAAGUCGAUCCCGUCAAAUCGUUCAUUGCCGGUGGAACUGCCGGGGCCAUCGAGGGUGUGAUCACAUACCCGUUCGAGUUUGCGAAAACUAGACUCCAGUUGAUCGACAAGUCGUCCAAGGCCUCCAAGAACCCGUUGGUGUUGAUCUACAACGUAGCCAAGACCCAAGGAACCGGUGCGUUAUACGUGGGAUGUCCAGCGUUCGUGGUGGGAAACACUGUCAAGGCCUCUGUGCGUUUUCUCGGAUUCGACUCCAUCAAAGCGCUUUUGGCUGACAAGAAUGGCAAGCUCUCUGGUCCUCGAGGCGUGCUUGCAGGUUUGGGUGCUGGGCUCUUGGAGUCGGUGGUGGCCGUGACUCCGUUCGAAGCCAUCAAGACUGCGUUGAUCGACGACAAGCAAAGUGCCAAACCAAAGUACCAGGGAGGUUUGGUGUCUGGAACCGUCAAGUUGUGUCGGGACCUCGGAAUCAGGGGAAUGUACGCAGGAGUGGUGCCUGUGUCGUUAAGACAAGCGUCCAACCAGGCAGUGCGGUUGGGGUCCUACAAUGCCAUCAAGACCAUGAUCCAGCAGGCUUCAGGCACGCCAGCCAACCAGCCAUUGAGCUCAGUGGCCACGUUUGCCGUGGGAUCGUUCGCAGGCAUCAUUACCGUCUACACCACCAUGCCUAUAGACACCGUCAAGACCAGAAUACAGGCGUUGGGGUCCGAGAAAAAGUACAAGUCCACGCUUGACUGCUUUGUCAAGAUCUUCCGUGACGAGGGGUUGUUGACCUUCUGGAAAGGUGCCACUCCUAGAUUGGGCAGGUUGGUGUUGAGUGGAGGCAUUGUGUUCACCAUCUACGAAAAGAUGUUGGUUCUUAUGAAUUAA